AAAUCAAGAAAUCAACUCAAAGAACAUUCAUAUCAAACCGAUUCCUAACUCAACCUCAAUCAAUCCAUCAAUCCAUCAAACCAUCAAACAUGGCAGCAUCAAAACGAAAAGGAAAAUCAUCACUUCCACCUUCUUCACCUUCUAAAGCUUCUGAAAUCAAACCUGAUGCUGAUUCAGAUCUUGAUGAAUCAGUUGAAUUUGAACAAGAACAAGUUGUUCCUGUAAAGGUCAAUAAUGGUUCUAUUACCGAAUUGAAAAACGCUCUUGAUGAUAGUACCAAAGUACACUUGACUAAAAAUCAUAAUUUUAUUGAAGAUCAUAGUCAUGAUGAUAUUAAACUUACUUUAGGAUGGGUGAGUAGUUUGUUAGCUGGUGCUGUUAGUUUUGCUGGAUGGCAUUAUGGAUGGGAAAAAACUCAGGGUUAUACUCUUUAUGUGGUAGUUGUGUAUUGGAUUAUUGCAACUAUUGCAUUGGUACAUGCUACGUUUGUUCAAAAACAAAUUAUUUAUGUUGGAAGAAGAGCCUCUAUGAAUGAUAAAUCAACAUUUGAACGGAUUACGAUUUCAACUGAAUCUACUAGUUAUGAUCCGAUUUAUAAAGUUAACUUGGAUUAUGAAAUUCCUAAAAAGAAUGGAAUUAAAAAGUAUCAAACCGAUUUGAAACCUCAUUAUAAAGAUUUUUUUGAUGUCGAUGGAACUUUGAUGGAAUCUAUUUGGAAUUCUUAUCUUGAUGGAAUUUUAAAAACUGCUAUUUCGAAAGCUAAUUAAUCUACCCAAACCCCACUUUUCAUCUUG